CUACAAAGGUCAGAGGUCAGCAAACAUGGCAGACGACAAAUCAGUCAGAAAUCAACUCCUAGCAGUUUGUCUCGUUUUGCUCUACGUUCUCGACGUUCGCAUAUGUUUUUGUGAAGAGAAUGCAAGCGAUGAAUUUGAAGAGUACCUCCUAUGCAGACAGUGUGGGCUGGAGAUUGCGAAGGCGUCAGACCUGAACAAGAGGCCGAGCAGGGCGGCACACAGGCAGAGGAACGAUACUAUAGCUGGGGUGGACGGGGUCCUCAUACAGCUGUUCAAAAACCCACAAGAAAACUUUUUUGAAGUUAUAACAGCAGAAACAGCCAAUGUCCAACAACAUGGGCAGCCCUACAGACAGGACACAUGGUGGCCAGGCUUCUCCUGGAGGAUCAGCAUCUGCCCUCGCUGUGGCUUCCACCUCGGAUGGUUCUAUGAACCUUUUGCCGGGCAGCAAGCAGAGGAGCAAACCUUUGUGGGGCUGAUUUUGGACAAUCUACUAUACCAAAAAUAUGCAGACAAUUUACUGGUCGUGCCCAAGUCCUAUAGAAGUUGAUGUCAUCACCGCCAGUCGUCAUCUACAGUUAUUGAUUGGAGGCUGGGUUUGAAACAUGGAGUCAUAAUCAUGUGGUAUGGGAAAUGCGCAUUUUUCAGCUAGGAAAAGGCAACUUUUGUUUGAUUUCACAAAAGAAACAAAUUUGGAGGGGGCUGGGAAUAAUGCCCCCCGGGGUUGUACUUUACUAUAAAUCAUGUGUCAUGUGAAAUUCUAGAGCAUUUUCCAGUAAAAGACAACUUUUGAUUGUUUGAUUUCAAAAAGGAAACAAAGAUUCACAAGAGAAACAAAUUGGAAAUGUCUAAUGCCUUGAAUGCAAUAUGUGCACCAUAGAAAGUAUUGGCCAAGUUGCUUUAAAAGGUGGCCUUAUGUCUAAGUUCUUAAAUCUAUAACGUUAAAGUGUAAUGUUAGCAACCUGGUCAUCAAGUUAAUAUUUUCCUUACCAACUUCCUUUAAUAUUGUCUGCAAAUAUAUUGGUGCUGAUCAUUUGAACUUAAUGAACAAGUUGCAAUGAAUCUCAAUCGUGCCUUAUGGAGAACCAAUCUUGUCAGUCGUACCAUACCAAAGGACCAAUCAGAUAAGCUGUACCAUACGAGAACCAAAGACGAACACACCUGUCAUCAGUUUGAACAUUUAGAUUUAAUGUCAGAGUUCACAGGUUCGUUGCACGUUACAGAGUCUGUACAACCAUGUUAGUGGUAAACAUGUACACAAUAUAUUAUAGCAGCAAGCACCAACAAGACUCUCUUCUACAGUGUAUACAUACAUCAGAUAUAUCCAGAGAACCCUGCUAUGUACAUGGCAGGAGGUGGGCUUUAUCCACAACGAUAUGACCAAAUAUGUCCUCUCAUGAUAAGCCAGGUACUUACAUAUAUCUAUAGCAAGCAACCACCCUGGUAUAUACUGGUCUGUGAUUCGUCCUAUCGGUGUUGGUACUGAGCAGCCAUCACCAGCCAAUCACGUCACUGCCUACAGUCAAGAGGCAACGUGAUUGGCUGAAACUUUCCCUCCAACAAUAGAGGAGGGAGUAUUUCAUUGGCCAGGGCUAACACAACAAGGACAGAUUGCGGGCCAAUACAUCAGGGUCGUUGCUUUUCAUGCUUGAUAUACAGAAGUGGUAGGUAUGAUAAGAUGGACCAAAUAAAGCUUCACAGUGCAUGAACAUGACAAGAUGGCUCAGGAACUAUUUUUGUAUAUGAGUGUAGGACAUCCUAGUUAGUUCACCAUAAUGGGAGGAGGGGGCAGUAUGGGAGCGCUGGUAAACUUACGUAGGAUGGCACCCAGGCUAGUUUGAAUGAUGUGUCGGUACCAGAAAAUUGUCAUGGUAAGAAAAUAUUAGUACAAAGACGUAAAAGAGACUAUAACACUUUACAGGUCACACUUUGGUGGGUAAGGUCAUGAAAAAAAGUUUGUCAAUAAUAGUAUAUGAGAGACCAUACAUGUAUAAUCAAGCCUCUAUUGUAGACUCUGCCAAGCUUUUUUAGGAACUAUAUUACAUGUACAGAGCUCAGACUCUACAACAGAAUCUGAUGAUAUAAGAGCCCAGUAUGUACAUGUAGUUGGAAAAGACCUUGUCAGAGUCUGCCACAGAAACUAAUACCUUAAAACAGUAUGUUUUCUUCUAGCCAUUUUGUAAACAUCUUAAAUAAAAGUAUUUCUACUGCAAACUAGGUCAAAUUUUGGUCAAAUUUCAAGCACCAGAUAAUUUCAAAAGAGGCAACAGCCAAAAAAUUCCCUCCAACCUAUAUUCAUCUUUUCACAGCUUGACAAUAUCCAUGUUCCUAUGUGCCAACAUCUU